CUCCCAUCAUCCCUGCAGCAUUCUCCGUCCAUGCCUGUACCCUGUCUGCCAUGCAGCCUGGCACCUGCCUACUUGGACGUUCUGUUCGUUUAUGGCCCUAGGUGCAUGCUAGGAUUCCAUUUCCAUUUCAUGAGUUUCCUUCACCGUUAUCCGUACACUACACAGGACCCAUCAGAAUCUCCCUUUCUGCACAUCAUUCUGAGCUUGCUCUCUUGGAGCAAUUUCUCUCUCUCUCUCCCUCUCCCCCCUCCCCACUCACGAGUGUCUGGCCGAUUGACGUGACCCCGCCAUCCGAUUGUCCAAGCGUCGCCCACAACCUCCAUCUCGGCUACCUCCGCCAGCACUCUGAUGAUACGAGUACAUACUGGUCACAUAUCCCGCGCAUGGCCUCCAAGUCAUUCACAUCUACAAAGCCAUUGUUUCGAAAAGCCACAUCUGAGCCAUCGCUUAUCAUAUUGUGGCCCUUGAUGAUCCAUUGCUGCCCGCCAUCUAUGAGAGUACUAAGAACCCCCACGGCCACCUCAUCAGCUUAGCAAAAGAAUGUGCCGGUUCACAUCCACCCGCGCCGACUCGUCACCGCCUAACACCGCCUAAUCUUGUAUUCCAACAAAUCUACCUACACUUCACAGCCACAAGGUCCACAAUCAAGUUCCUGUUCGACAGACGCUAUCCUUCAUAACCUCUGGAAGGAGAAAUUUCCUGCGGCGCCGGAACCGCCGCAAGCACUCCAACCUCACCUGGGAAAUCCCUCGAGGCAUCCCACUCCUCUUUCAAUACUCCCAGCACUGUCGAGCAGUCACUAUCUGGUCCCAAUCCAGCAUUUACGUUCUCGACGAGUCUCCCACCUAGGGCCAUCUGACCCUUUGAACUUCUUCGGCUCACCGCUUGCAGCCUAGCAAUAAAUCCAUGGCAGUUUCCACUGGCGUUCCAAGACGACCGUAUUGCUUUUGACCAGCAUCGACGUGGAUUUGUUUGCCCAGCGUCGUACCAAGCGAAGAAUGACACCAGCUGUUACGCCCUCGGAACAUGCUGUUUGCCGCAGAGUCAUUGCCUGCGGGCCCGCCCAUCGAGACCAAAAAGGCUCUAAUAUUGCUCGACUUCCAGAACGAUUUCGUCAGCCCUGGUGGAAGACUCCCAGUGGGCAAUGUUAAUUCAUUUCUUUCCAAUAUGACCUCACUCGUCGCCGAAUUCCGUAUCAAGGGAGAUGUGAUAUGGGUGGGAACAGAAUACAGGCAGCCUCGCUCGAAUUUUUCCGCCGUGACGGGCUCCCACUCCAUUCUCCUCAAGCAGUUUCUCAAAGGCGGAGAUGGUGAUGCUGAGGCGGGUGAGUCCUUUGAUGAUCCUGAUCACACCCGCUCACCUUCGGAAGAUCCCCUGUCUCCCUCAAAGAAUCCCGACUUGUGCCAUGAUCGCGAAGCAUUUCUUGCCCCUACUUUGACUAUGACAAGAUACAGGUGCUGUAUGCCUGGCUCUUCUGGGGUCGAAUAUCCACAAGACGUCCAAGCUGCUAUGGAUUCGAAACACGAUCUGGUCAUGAUCAAGUCUCACUACUCUGCAUUUGUUGACACGCAACUCCUCACCCACCUCAGGACACGGCUGAUCACGGAACUCUACAUCUGUGGUUCACUGUCGAAUAUCUCCGUGUAUGCGACUGUCCUGGAUGCUGUAUGCCACGGAUUACACGUGACCAUCGUUGAGGAUUGUCUCGGCUAUAUUGAUGGAGCGUGUCAUUUCGAGGCGGUGCGGCAGAUGGCAGACAGCAUGGGGGCUGAAGGUGUCGACUGCCAGGAACUUCGAGACGAUCUUGCCGGUUUGUUGGGCGACGUGAUCCGAGAAGAGGACUUCACGACCAAAUUCCAAGUGAGCUUGCCGCCUCCGUCCGCCAGGACAAAAUCGCAUACUUCCACCACACAGAUUCACGAGUGGAUAUCCAGGGUCGAAAGUGACCAUGCGUCCACACCGCCCUCGGAACAUGACAGGAAGUCGACGAAGAAGGGUGCACAAGCUGUUGCUGGCAGGCAGGAGCUCAAAGCCAGGAAUGAGUCAUCCGAAAAGUCAAGCAAACCUACUUCAGUCGAGCAUAGCCCACCUCGGAAGAGGUCAACUAGCGAUCUUGACUCGCUAGAGGAAAAUCGCAGUUCCAAAUUGUUACAUAAACCGUCAACACGGCGCAGUUCGGACGAUAAAUGCAUCACGGAACAAAGGAAACAGAAACAGAAACACAAAGCCCCAGUCCGGAAGCGGUGGCCUUCUUACGACGCUUCGAUCAGAUCACCCAUACACGGUAUCAACACUGUCCAGGAUCGUGCCUCACCAACCGGGCCUUCCACCGCUCCUCAGGAGGCCAGAUCAGAGACCGACAAGAUUGAUAGUGAAAUCUCGCCUUUGAAGGCACUUAAGGAAAGCCGCUCACCAGGACAGAAGAAGAAAAAAUUUAUCCCCAACGUCCUUGGGCCUGGGGAUAAGAUCGGCCAGGGUGAUUGUCGCCUUUGUGUCGACCUGAUCAGCAGUGGAGAAGCCCAGAGGGCAUUCUACUCCUGCAGAGAAAACAUCAAAUGGCAGAAAAUGUACCACCGAUCAGGAGAAGUCCCACGUCUAGUGGCAGUUCAAGGCGAUGUUGCCGAGGAUGGAUCAGAGCUCCCUAUCUACAGACACCCUGCGGACGAGUCUCCAGAACUGCUUCCCUUCGAUACCACGAUUGACAUGUUGCGAAAAAGCGCUGAGAAGGCCGUUGGUCAUCCACUAAAUCACGUCUUGAUUCAGUGGUACCGGAACGGCGAAGAUAACAUUUCAGAACACUCUGACAAAACGCUAGAUAUCGUUCGAGGAUCAAGUAUAGUAAACCUAAGCCUUGGUGCGCAGAGAACGAUGGUGCUGAGGAUGAAGAAGUCGGCCAUUCCGACUGCUGCCGAGGAUUGUCAACAAGAAGAAGACAGCGUCCGACCAUCUCAACGCAUCCAUCUUCCACACAACUCUCUUUUCAUUCUUGGCGAAGAAACCAACCGACAUUGGUUACAUUCCAUCCGCGCGGAUAAGCGACCUGCGUCGGCGAAGGAUUCUGCCGAGUUGGCAUUUGACGGAGAAAGAAUAAGUGUGACCUUCAGGCACAUCGGCACCUUCAUCGAUCCGGUCAAGCACACAAUCUGGGGUCAAGGCGCAACCAGCAAAAAUAUGGCCGGAGCUCAGAAGCUUCUUCUACAGGGCCGGGAAGCCGAGCAGCAAGGGGAAGUCAUGAUUCGAGCUUUCGGUCAAGAAAACCACCGGAGUUUGGAUUGGGACUGGAAUGAAUGGUACGGUAGCGGCUUCGACGUUGUCAACUUUGAGACCAAGACUGUCGUCACACAGGAGGAGCUCGAGACUGUCAUCGAUGGGUCGUGAGAAACGACUUGCAUUGCCACCUCUUCCGUUGAGUCGGGAGUGACAUCCUCUCAUAAACACAAAGUCUGUAGCCUAGGUCAGGUCUAUAGCUCAUCAAACCCAGGAGUUUCUUCGGGAGUUCAAGUGAAU